GAAGCUUCCCGACGACAUCAAUCUACUGGCAGAGGAAGUGGAUUGCUUUAUGGCUGGUGUGCGCUCCCACGUGUUGGGAAGUGAGUGUGGACUGGUGAAGGGUUCUAAUUGAGAUAUGAGUGCUGCAAAGAACGGAGGGGGCGCUCUCCUCUUGGGGAGCAAAAUGGAUGAAGAGGAAGAUCUGUUUGUUAAAGAAUACGCAGUGAGCGCAAGCGAGGACGAGGGAGACAGCGUUACGGAGAGGAAGCAUCAGAAGCUCCUGGAUGCCAUCACAUCUCUGGAUGGAAAGAAAAGGAGGAGGGUGGCUGAACGCUCAGAGGCCAGUCUUCAAGUGUCAGAAUUUGGAAUCAGCUCAGAAGGUACCGGCGAGAAGCUCACACUUUCGGAUCUCAUCGAACCAACGCAGAAAUCUGCCUCCCUAUCUACUGUUAGGAAGCAGCUAAAGAAAUUGAGUCGGGCCCAAAAUGUAGAGGUCCCUCUCACCAAAGAGGAAACUCAGAAAAUACAAAGAGUUGUAGCUUACGAGAAGGCCUCUGAAGAGGUUACCAGAUGGGAGCAUAUAGUAAAGCAGAAUCGAAAGGCCGAUCAGCUAGUGUUUGCCGAGAACGAUGACACCGUGAAACCUGCGCGGAUUGAAGAUGUUGUAACGGGCUGGAAAGCGCGUACAUCGCUGGAAAUGGAGAUAUUUAAUAUUCUUCAUGAAAAUAAACAGCCAUUGACUGAUCCGUUAUUGACCCCCGUUGAGGAGGCAUCGCUGAAAGCUAUGAGCCUGGAGGAGGCCAAGCUUCGUCGUGCAGAGCUUCAGAAAGCGAGAGCUUUGCAGUCCUACUACGAGUCAAAAGCUCGAAGAGAAAAGAAAAUUAAAAGCAAAAAGUACCAUAAGAUGUUAAAAAAGAGCAGGCAUAAGGAAGCUUUAAAGGUGUUUGAGGAGUUGAAGAACACUAAUCCAGAGGCAGCUUUGGAGGAAUUGCAGAAAAUUGAGCGAGCCAGGAUGGAGGAGCGAAUGUCCCUGAAGCACCAGAACAGCGGCAAAUGGGCCAAAUCCAAAGCCAUCAUGGCCAAAUAUGAUGAUGAAGCACGCAAGGCAAUGCAAGAACAGCUGCAGAAGAACAAGGACUUGACUAGGAAAGUACAAGUUAUAUCGGAAAGUGAGGAGAGCGGGGAGGAGGAGGUCAUACCCGACUUUGUGAACGAUGCACAGCUAAACCCGGAUGGCCUGAAUCCCUGGAUGACCGGCAAACUGAGCAGAGAAGCCAAGGAAUCUGGGAAUCAAGCAGCCGACGUAGACGUUGAGACUGAGGAGAACAAACAGUCCUUGGACCAGGACGAGGAGGAUGAUCCUGAGGAUGUGCGGUCGGAGGAAGAGGUCCUGCUACAGGAAUUUGAGGAAAAAAGACGCUUGCGAAAAAAUCAAGAUGACUCUGCUGUAAUCCAGCCUGUAGUGGCGUGCGACAUCGUGAACGAACCUGAAGAUGAGCAAGUGUCUGCUUUCAAACACCUUUUCCAGAAACUCUUGGACCAAAAUAAUCACGAGAGUCGUAAGAGGAAAAGCACUUUCCAGGAGCCUGAGAAGCCAGAGGUGGUAGUUCCACAGGAGGAAACAGAAGAAGAAGGACCUUUGUUGACGGAGGGCUUGGAAAGGAGACAAACCAUAGAAGAGAUUGGUGCCCUGGCGCAAGAAGAGCAUCAAGACGUGCAGGUUGCAGAGUCCGUUCCACGUAGUAACAACCAACCAGGAGAUAGGACCUCCGCAACUGUGAAGGAGAUAGAGGCCAAGAGACCGAAGCUUAUUGACCACAAUGAUGUCCUUCCUGUUGCUGCGCAGAAAAUUCAGAUACCGGUGCUUCCAACUACUGUAGAAGAAGAGGAGGAGGAAAAUGAUGACACAGAUCAGAAAAUGAUUAUCAAAGAAGCAUUUGCCGGAGAUGAUGUAAUUAGGGACUUCCUGAAGGAGAAGCGCGAUGCGGAGAAAGAAGAUAAACCGAAGGACAUCAAUCUAAUCCUACCGGGAUGGGGAGAAUGGGGUGGUACCAACCUCAAACCCAGCAAGAAAAAACGGAGGAAGUUCAUUAUCAAAGCACGUCCUGCCCCACCACGAAAAGACCAAUGUCUUCCCAACGUCAUCAUGAAUGAGAAGAGGAACAUCAUAGCUGCUGCACAUCAGGUGAACGAGCUUCCUUUCCCAUUUAAUAGCCGUCAGCAUUUUGAAAGCACCAUCCGUGCUCCGGUGGGCAAUACGUGGAACACAGAGAGGUCUGUGCAGAAGCUGACAGCUCCUCGGGUCAUUACAAAACGAGGCCAUAUCAUCGAACCCAUGACCGAAGAGGUUCUCAAGAAAAACGGCUCAUCUAAAAAACCUGCAAUAGAGUUGAAUAAGCCUCACUCAAAACACACAUCCCACAAGGGAACCAAACAGAGGAAGAAGAAAUAGAUUAGAGAAGGGCGAACAGCAUACUAAGAAAAUGAUUCACUGCCAACAGUUCAACAUCAAAGAUAUAGUGGGUUGCCACAGGUGUAAUGUUCUUUAGAGUCCUACAAGAAGUCUCCAUGUGGAUGAACCUGAAACUAACUGGACCACGUUCUGUUAUCACCUGCUGGUUUUCCCAUUUUCCAAUGGGAAAGAUCUGAGAGUUUUUGCGAUCUGUUUUAUGUUGGCCUCGGGGACAUGAAACACCAUUCUUAUCGAUUAAUCUUAGAAACGCAUUGCUGUGCAUAACUGAAGUGGUUUUUAUUAUCUAUUUACAGAGCAGUUGUGCAGCUUUUUAGUAAGUGGCCAUGUUUAAAUGUCUCAGUGUUUAACGGUGGGGAUCUGGUGCAAAGCAGGGUAUUCAGCUUCUAAAUUUCUUUGGUUGCUCCAAAUGUAGUUCUCCUCAAAGUUUUGGCUGCAUAAAUAAUGGCCCAGCGUGUUCUUAAGGGUUGGUUUCUUGUAUGUUGCACAUCUGUUUUCCUGUUGCCGGGACAUGCAUUAUUUGUGGUUUCCAUGAACCCCGGAACAAAAAAUGGUGACCGUUGUUCAAUAAACAGCGUAUAAACUUUGA